CAUGCUGUGGUGGGACGCGGUCAACGGAGCGAGGAGGCGGGUGCCAGGUAGUCACGCCCGGCCGCAGCUCGUUUUUCCGGCGGUUCGUGACCGGUGGGAAGAAAGGAGAGCGGGGAGGGGAUGGUGAUGUCCGUGGCGUCGCCGAGGAAGUCGGUUAGGGAGACGGUGUUCGAGAGCGUGCUGGGCCACCACAGGUGCGCCUCCUCGGCCUCCCUCGCCUCUUCCUCCUCCUCCCAUGGCGGCUGCUCCGACGACGAGAACGACAUGGAGAUGGUGCAGCUGGGCGCCGAGCGCACCAAGAACGUUCUCAUCCUCAUGAGCGACACGGGUGGCGGCCACCGGGCAUCCGCCGAGGCGAUCAAGGAUGCCUUCCGCUUGGAAUUCGGCGACGAGUACAGGGUGUUCGUAAAGGAUGUCUGGAAAGAACACACGGGUUGGCCAUUGAACGACAUGGAGAGAUCAUACAAAUUCAUGGUGAAACAUGUGCAGCUCUGGAAGGUGGCAUUCCAUAGCAGCUCGCCUCGCUGGGUUCACUGCCUCUAUCUUGCUGCGUUUGCUGCAAUUUAUGCCAAAAAGGUGGAGGCUGGUCUAAUGAAGUACAAGCCAGAUAUCAUCAUUAGCGUGCACCCUCUUAUGCAACAUAUUCCUCUUUGGGUGCUCAAAUGGCAGGGCCUUCAUCAGAAGGUGGUUUUUGUCACUGUAAUUACAGAUCUCAACACUUGCCAUCCGACAUGGUUUCACCCCGGGGUGACGAGGUGCUAUUGCCCAUCAGAGGAAGUAUCCAAGAGAGCAUUGCUAGACGGGCUGGAGCCUUCCCAGCUUUGUGUUUACGGUCUGCCCAUUCGCCCAUCCUUCUGUCGAGCAGUUCUGUCAAAGGACGAUUUAAGAGUGGAACUAGAGAUGGACCAGCAACUGCCUGCUGUGCUUUUGAUGGGAGGUGGAGAAGGCAUGGGUCCAGUCAAGAAAACUGCAAAGGCACUUGGUGAAGCUCUCUAUGAUGAAUCCCUUGGUAAACCUAUAGGACAAAUUGUUAUAAUUUGUGGACGAAAUCAGGUCCUUGCCUCUUCACUGAACUCAAUUGAAUGGAAGGUCCCGGUAAAGAUUAGGGGCUUCGAGACACAAAUGGAGAAAUGGAUGGCAGCUUGUGAUUGCAUUAUCACUAAGGCUGGACCUGGCACCAUUGCUGAAGCUUUGAUCCGAGGACUACCAAUAAUCCUCAAUGAUUUCAUCCCAGGGCAGGAAGUUGGCAAUGUGCCGUAUGUUGUUGACAAUGGGGCAGGAGUGUUCUCCAAGAGCCCAAAAGAAACUGCCAAUCUGGUAGCCCGUUGGUUUGGCCCUGAAGCAGAAGAGCUCAGGAGGAUGUCAGAGAACGCGCUCAACCUAGCCCAACCAGAAGCAGUGUUUAAUAUUGUUAGAGACAUCGACGAGCUUUCUCGUGGGUGUGAACCCAUGUCCAAAAUCAAGUAUUCGUUGAUGGCAUCGUCGUUCUACUCUGCUGCCACAUGAUUCUAGCAAAUUCAUUUCUGCAGGUUUGAAGAGUGUGCAAAGAGUGUGCCCAACAUGUACAGCUUGUUUAAAAUCCCUUGUCUAACUGUGGCUUCAAAUGCUGAAGGCAAGUCCUGUAAAAUUUCCAGGCAGUCUGACAAGUUUCUUGUAGUGUGUGCCCUUUGCAGGGUUGUAAGUUUUUUCUUGGUCAGCCUCCAUUCAACCGGGUUGAUCUCCAUUCUUUGUUUUUUUGCUGGUUAUUUUUUCAUUGUAACCUAAAAGUGCAGCAUGGGUAGUGAUAACAUUUUUUA